AACAACGCAACGCGGCUCACUCCUCAGGGAAUUUGGCUCCUACAAAAGGGUCCUUUGUAAAGACAAGACUCAAUAGAGAGGCAAGGCAACUUGCACUUGCAGGCGAACCCUUCUCUCUCGUUUACUCUCUGCAUUCAAUUCAUACAUUACAUAUUACAUUUGCACUCUCCCUUCUGAACUUGGAACGAUUCAGAUCCAUCCUUGAUUCGCUGAAACAUCUAAUUUACACAUUUCCUGUUCCAGGACAGAGAGACUGUUUCCUGAUUUUGGGAGCAGCGAUGUUCGGUUCUAACCCUUUUGGGCAGUCAUCUAGUAGCCCUUUUGGGCAGUCUUCUACUAGCCCUUUUGGGCAGUCAUCUAGUAGCGCUUUUGGGUCCCAAUCGGUCUUCGGCCAGACAAAUAAUGGAACCAAUAAUCCUUUUGCUCCAAAACCAUUUGGUACUACAACCCCUUUUGGUUCACAAACAGGGGGUUCCAUCUUUGGAGGCACUUCAACUGGAAUGUUUGGUGCUCCUCAAACUUCCUCACCAUUCUCUUCCGGAGCAACCUUUGGUGCUUCGUCUUCCCCAUCUUUUGGAGGGUCAGUUCCUGCAUUCGGAGCUUCUUCUUCACCUUCUUUUGGCAGUUCAUCGUCAUUUGGUGGUUCUUCCGUUUUUGGCCAGAAGCCUGCUUUUGGAGCCUUUGGCUCUGCUACUCAAACUAGUCCAUUUGGAAGUACAAGUCAGCAAUCACAGCCUGCAUUUGGUAGUGGCUUGUUUGGUUCUACAACACCUUUUGGUACAUCAAGUCAGCCUGCUUUUGGUGCUGCUAGUAAUCCUGGAUUUGGUUCGACAAGUGCCCCUGCUUUUGGUGCUAGUAGUGCUCCUUCCUUUGGUGCAAACAGCACUUUGGGUUUUGGUGCUAACAGCACUCCGUCCUUUGGUUUUACAAGUACCCCGACAUUUGGCUCAACAGCAUCAGCAUUUGGAGUGUCCAGCAGCCCGGUAUUUGGAUCUGGGGCUGGCUUUGGAUCUUCAAGCGCACCUGUUUUUGGAACAUCAGGCUCCUCUGGUUUUGGUGCUUCCAGUCCUGCUUUUGGUACUAAUUCAAGCGCUCCUGGAUUUGGUGUGUCUACUAGUGCUCCUGCCUUUGGGUCUACGACUACUCCUUCCUUUGGAAGUGCCCCUGCUUUUGGGACUUCAGCUACCCCAUCCUUUAGCUUCGCAUCAAGUCCAUCUUUUGGCCAAUCAACUUCUGCAUUUGCAAAUAGUCCAUUUGGAACCAGUUCUCCAUUUGGAACCCAAGCUACAACACCAACAUUUGGGAACACUGGUUUUGGGCAGCCAGCAUUUGCAGGGAAUCGUGGGGGAAGUAGAGUAGUGCCCUACACUGCAACAGCUGAAACAGACAGCAGCAGUGGUCAGCCUGGAAAAUUGGAGUCUAUAUCAGCCAUGUCUGUGUACAAAGAUAAAAGCCAUGAAGAACUGAGGUGGGAAGAUUAUCAAUCCGGAGAUAAAGGUGGACCAGUCGCUCCUGGUCAAUCCUCCAGCGGGAUUAACUUUGCUACAUCUACUGCACAGUCGAAUCCUUUUGCUCCAUCAAACACAUUUGCACAGACAUCUGCUAGUCCCUUUUCUUCUUCAGUUUCUUCCAAUCCGUUUUCUUCAAAGCCUUUUGGACCUACAAGUAAUCCUACAUUUCCUUCACCUUUUAACACUUCAUCCAACCCUUUUCAGUCAACCUCAGCUUUUGCAUCGACAUCAUCUUCUGCAUUUACAUCCAGUGUAGCCCCAUCACCUUUUGGGACAACUAGUUCAUCUGCUUUUACUUCAACACCAUCCUUGUUUAAUUCUAGCAUAGGGCAGACAAAUUCUUCACCUUUUGGAAAUUUUACAAGUACUCAAUCAUCUCUCUCAUUCCCAUCCUCCACACCUGCCUUUACACAGACAAGUUCUCCAUUUGGACAAGUGACCACUUCUUUUACACCGAGUACUGCCUCUUCUUUUACCCAGUCAAGCAUGUUCAGUACUCCUUCCACUGGUUUUGGAUUCUCAAGCUCUACAUCUCUGAUGCCUUCAACUAACCAAGGGGUGUUUCCCCAACCAUCUUUGUCUCAGUCUGUGCCUUUUCAAUUGUCUCAACCUUCUCAGCCUGGUGCUCUUAACUUCAGCAAUUUCGGUCAGUCACAAGCAGCUGGUACAAGUGGUUUUGCUGGUUCAUCAAGUAUUUAUGGUCAGUCCAUGUUUGGACCAUUAUCUACCACACAGAGUUCUGUUGCUGUUCAGCCAGCACCUGUUACAAAUCCAUUUGGGACACUCCCUGCAAUGCCUCAAAUGUCUAUUGGUCGAGCUGGAACUACACCUUCCGUUCAAUAUGGGAUCUCUAGCUUGCCUGUUGUUGAUAAACCUGCUCCUGUUAGAAUAUCAUCCUUGUUGACUUCUAGGCACUUGUCACAAAGGCGGAUCAGGUUACCAGCAAGGAAAUAUAAUCCUAAGCAUGAUGGUCCAAAGGUUCCAUUUUUCUGUGAUGAAGAAGAAACAACUGGCAGACCAAAGGCAGAUGCUCUAUUUAUUCCUCGGGAAAACCCAAGGGCUCUGGUCAUUCGUCCAACAGAGCAGUGGCCCUUGAGAUCCAGUGCAGAAAAAGCUCCUCCAUUGAAGGAUGCAUCUACUCCUGUGUAUGAGAAUGGCAAAAUUUUAGAAGCUGUGGAUGUUCCUUCUUCAAGUGGUUCUAGUGCUAAAGAUAAGAAUAUGAGUGAAGAUGGCCUUAGUAAGGAGCGAGUGCAUUUGAAACUCAACCAGAAACCUAAUGGAGUUCACGAGGAUAAUUCUGUUCAGAAAGAGGAGUUGUAUAUGACGCUUAGCGGUCACAGAGCUGGUGAAGCUGCAAUUGUUUAUGAGCAUGGGGCUGACAUUGAGGCACUAAUGCCAAAACUACGGAGAUCUGACUACUACACAGAGCCGCGAAUCCAAGAAUUGGCUGCCAAGGAAAGGGCUGAACCAGGGUUCUGCCGCCAUGUUAAGGACUUUGUGGUUGGACGUCAUGGUUAUGGCAGCAUUAAGUUUUUGGGUGAGACAGAUGUGCGCCGGCUUGAUCUAGAGUCCCUUGUGCAGUUUAACAACCGGGAGGUGAUAGUAUACACAGAUGACAGCAAGAAGCCACCUGUUGGACAGGGUCUCAACAAACCUGCAGAGGUAACACUUCUUAACAUCAAAUGCUUUGACAAAAAGACUGGGCGGCAGUAUACCGAAGGCGCAAAAAUUGAGAAAUACAAGGAGAUGCUGAAAAGAAAGGCUGAGGAGCAAGGUGCCGAAUUUGUGUCGUACGAUCCUGUAAAAGGAGAAUGGAAGUUCAGGGUCAACCAUUUCAGCAAGUACGGUAUGGGGGAAGAAGAAGAAGAAGAAGAAGAAGAAGAAGAAGACUGGAUUGUGCUAUCUGCCAGAGAUUGCUAAUAAAAAUGUAGUUUUUGGAGGAGGGCUUGUUUCAUGCGGGGAUCUGUAUAGGAUUUUGUCAAAUCGUGAGUCUGAAUGGUGUGCCUGUGUAUCAAAUGUUCUUUGUAGUUGGUUCUCUAAGCUUUACUUCUCUCUCUCA